UAUAGUGAAUGCAGGGUCCGGGGAGACCAGAUAUAGUGAAUGCUGGGUCUGGGGGAGAGCGGAUAUAGUGAAUGCGGGGUCCGGGGAGAGCGGAUAUAGUGAAUGCAGGGUCCGGGGAGAGCGGAUAUAGUGAAUGCAGGGGUCCGGGGAGAGCGGAUAUAGUGAAUGCGGGGUCCGGGGAGACCGGAUAUAGUGAAUGCAGGGUCCAGGGAGAGCGGAUAUAGUGAAUGCGGGGUCCGGGGAGAGCGGAUAAAGUGAAUGCGGGGUCCGGGGAGAGCGGAUAUAGUGAAUGCAGGGUCGGGGAGAGCGGAUAUAGUGAAUGCGGGGUCCGGGG